GCCAAGUUCAGUCCUGUUGUGAACAAUGGCGACCAUAGCGACAUUUCUAUCGAACGUGUGACAUCUCGCUAAAUAAAUAAUAAUUAUAACAAUAAUAAUAACAGUAACUCAUUGUGUAAUUUAUAAACUAUUGGAAUCACAAUAAACUUAUAAUCAUACUACUGUACAUAAUAUUAUUUAUAAUAGUGACAGAUAUAAAUAAUUAAAUGAAUAAAUAGUAAUAAAAUAUAACGAAUGUUGAUAUACAAUGGCGGUAAAUGCCAAUGUACUCUCAAGCGACAUAAGUAGACGAAAUCCACAAGAUGAAUAUGAACUUAUUCAAAGAAUUGGUAGUGGGACUUACGGUGAUGUUUACAAGGCUAAAAGACUGUCCAUGAAUGAUCUUGCUGCGAUAAAGGUUAUCAAGUUGGAACCAGGUGAUGAUUUCGCUAUUAUACAGCAGGAAAUUUUAAUGAUGAAAGAUUGCCGACAUCCAAAUAUUAUUGCUUACUAUGGUAGUUAUUUGAGACGUGAUAAAUUGUGGAUUUGUAUGGAAUACUGUGGUGGUGGUUCAUUACAAGAUAUUUAUCACAUUACUGGACCGCUAAGUGAAAUACAAAUAGCAUACAUGUGCCGUGAAACGCUUUUGGGACUGGCGUAUUUACACGGAAUGGGUAAAAUGCAUCGAGAUAUAAAAGGUGCAAAUAUAUUAUUGACGGAAUCAGGCGAUGUUAAGCUAGCAGACUUUGGAGUGUCUGCACAAAUAACAGCAACUAUCAACAAAAGAAAAAGUUUUAUCGGUACACCGUAUUGGAUGGCCCCGGAGGUUGCGGCUGUUGAAAGAAAAGGCGGGUACAAUCAAUUGUGUGAUAUUUGGGCAUGUGGUAUCACGGCGAUAGAACUCGCAGAAUUACAACCACCAAUGUUUGAUCUCCAUCCGAUGCGCGCAUUAUUUCUCAUGUCCAAGUCGGGAUUUAAACCUCCGACAUUGAAGGAUCGCGAUAAAUGGAGCCCGACGUUUCACAAUUUUGUUAAAAUUGCGCUGACUAAAAAUCCGAAGAAACGACCGACUGCAGAAAAAUUAUUGCAGCAUGCAUUUUUUCAAGGAGAAAUGAAUAAAAGGCUGGCGUUAGAAUUAUUACAAAAAGUAUCGAAUCCGAGUCAUAUGUUUACUGAUUUAGAGGCUGACGAAGACGGAGCUGUGCCAAAUGUACCUCAGAGAAUAGCUUCAAGACACACAUCAAGACCUAGACCAAAGAGUCCUAUCUCUCAAUUAGACAGUGAUGAUCGAAUUAUCCUUGAUAGUGGAACACUACAAAGAGAUACUACGCCACCAAUUGACGGUGGUAAUCCUGUUUGGGAUAUUAUGGACAUCAUGAAUAAUGUUAAGACUGUCCAUAACUGUGAUGUUCAUCCUGAUUGUGGUAUUGGUACAGCGUUCGACGAUGUUCCAGAAAAUAAAUUGUCCCGUCGAAGCAAAACCGGCACUGAAAUAUUUCAUAUGAGUCUCAGGAGUCUAUUGCAGUACAUUGAUGAGGAGUUGUUGCUAAGGGGAAAUGCAAUGUCAAUGGUUGAUGGUCAUUGUGACCAGCUAUACUCCCUGCAGGCGACACUCCCACUCGGUGAAUCCUCGGACAAGUGUGAAGUACAUCGAGGCUUUUACUCCAAUUUACCGGGGUCACAAGCGAGUCUCAGACGACACAGCUCUGUGGACGAGUUGUAUGGUUUAGUCAGCGGUUCCUUGUCUUUAUCAUCAGUCAAUGGCCAACGUCAACGUUCGUUGUCAGACAGUGGACCUAGAGAUGAUUCUCCGCGGUACAAUGGUGACAGAGAGUCCACGGAUAACGGCGAAGAAGAAGGUAUUGGACCAGAUUUAUUGUCUGAUACACCACCAGUACCACCGAGAAGGAGGGAUAGAAAGAGACACACUCCACCUAGACCUACUAGCAAUGGUUUACCUCCUACACCAAAAGUUCAUAUGGGAGCUUGUUUUUCAAAGGUAUUCAAUGGAUGUCCAUUGAGAAUACAUUGUACAGCUAGUUGGAUACAUCCUGAUACAAGAGAUCAGCAUUUAUUAAUAGCCGCCGAAGAGGGUAUUUAUAAUUUAAAUUUAAAUGAAUUACAUGAAACGGCAAUUGAUCAAUUGUAUCCAAGACGUACGAUAUGGAUGUACGUUAUCAAAGAUGUCCUCAUGUCUUUAUCAGGGAAGACACCGCAAUUGUACAGGCAUGAUUUAUUGGCAAUGCAGAGUAAGCAAACCCACAGGUUUUCGUUGCACAUGAAUAAAAUACCUGAACGAUUAGUACCGCGUAAAUUUGCGCUCACUACUAAAGUCCCGGAUACUAAAGGUUGUAGCAAAUGCUGUGUCGGACGGAAUCCAUACAAUGGAUACAAGUAUUUAUCUGGCGCGACGCCAGCCGGAAUUUUCUUAAUGCAAUGGUACGAUCCGCUAAAUAAAUUCAUGUUGCUGAAACACUUUGACUGCAUAUUACCCUCGCCAUUAAAUGUUUUUGAGAUGAUAAUUACUCCGGAUAUGGAGUACCCCAUGGUCUGUGUAUCCGUUAAACAAGCUUAUCAACAAAAUAAAUUGAAACUUGAUUUAAUAAAUAUGAAUUCUGGUGCCAGUUGGUUUCAUAGCGAUGAAUUGGAAGAUAUUGACGGUUCUGCCACUGUAAUUCCAAGGCGAGAGAACCUUCAUGUAAUUAAUGUAACACAAUUUGAAAAAGACUCUAUUCUUAUUUGUUAUGAUAAUGUUAUUAAGUUUGUAACCUUACAAGGAAAACCUCGAACAAGCAAAAAACAAUUGUCUGAAUUACAAUUCAAUUUUCAGAUUGAAUCAAUAAUUUGUUUACCUGAUAGUGUAUUAGCAUUUCAUAAACACGGUAUGCAAGGACGAAGUUAUAAAAAUGGUGAAGUAACACAAGAAAUAAGUGAUGCUAGCAGAACGUAUAGGCUGCUUGGGUCUGAUAAGGUUGUUAUGUUAGAAAGUCAUUUAGUUCAUUCAGGAACGUUGAGUGAAACAGAAGGAGCUGAUUUGUACAUACUUGCUGGUCACGAAGCCAGUUAUUAAAAAACGCCUUUAAUUCUGCAUGCCAAUAAAUUUAAAGACGGGUUUGUGCAUCAACGUAUCAUUAAAAAUAAAUAAA